GUAAGUGCCUGGAAUGGCUUCCCUCAAAACUUCUGCAAGGGUCCACAGAACAACACUCUUUCCCAAUGGAUGCAGCUACUACAGGACAUGUCAAAAACCCAGCCAUGUGGUCAUAGGUCUGAUCUAAUAGGGGAUGAUCAAUGUUAGUCUUCCACCCGGCAGAAUGGAAGAAAAGCAUCUCUCCAGCAAUUUCUCCUGCAGGUAUUGGUAACUCCAGAGGUACCACCACCUUGGCUGCUGGGCUCAGCUGUGUGCUGCUGUGGGUCCAUUGGAGCCGGCUGGAAUAGGACACAGGACAGCCCGUGGUGUCUUCUCACAGGGGCCACCCCUGCAGUCCUGGCCACAACUAUCACCACAUCUAGCCACCUACACCCAAUACAUGUUAAAUUUUUUCCAGCUAUUGGAACACUUAUGCUGAUUCUUCAGAAAUAAACCUUUGUUAAAAUAAGGAACAACUGCUAAAAAGGAAGAAAAAUAUUCAGCCACAUACACUUGUGAGAUAAAACGAAGUGGAAGUGGCUAAAUUAAGGUGACUCAGCCUAAAGCAAGGAGCAGUUUAACAGAGUGAUGACAACCCUGAUUCAGCUGGGCAAACUUUGAGUCCUCUUGCGUCAAGAGGGCUGGUACUGCUUGCAUGAUCAAGUGCACUAGUAAAGGCUGGAAAAGGAAGUAGUGCCUGGGACUGAACAAGGAUCUGACUGAUUUACUAGUUAGCUGACCCGGUUGCACACAGGGAGGUGAGUAAGCUGUGGGAAAAGUGCAAGUAACAUUGGACUAAGUGCAAGAAAGGAUUUGGAAAUGUUAGGCAAGCUUGAUCCAUGGUGGAAGCUACAGCUUUGAGAAAUCACCUCAGAAUGAGAAGCAUGUCUCAUUGGGACUCUCCAGGAUGCUAAAUAGGGAAUUACCUAAGCUUCGCAGUUGGAACCAGCAUCAUAGAGGGCUGUAUCCUCUCAUCUUGUCCGUCAGAAACGUGUGUGUUCUUCUUGUGGGACUGAAGGCGUGCAUCAUGGAUGGACUGCAACAGCUGUGAAGCUCUGCCAAAGAUGCAAAAUGAAACCAUCAUGUUCUAACUCCUUUUUCAAUCAAACUUGGAACUAAAGAGUCUCAACUUCUGCAGACCUGUGGCCCCAAGCAUUUGCGAUGGCACGUGUCACAGUCGUUCUUGUCAUGCUGAUAUUAAGUUUUUUCCAGCGUAAGACACCGAUUUCCACUAGCUUGGCAAGUGGACAAGAAGAUGUAGUGGAUACACUUGGGCUACAUAAUGCUCUGUGGAUUAUCAAGCAUGAGUCGAGAGUCAUUCUGUACUGGAAUGAUAACCUGACAAAAGAAGAAACUGAGAAGUACACUGUGAAGUAUAUUUUGAGUUAUAAAUUCUUCAAUACCAGUCACGAAUGGAAAGAAAGACUGCGGGAGAAGAAAAAGAUAAUACGUCUUGAGUUACAUUCUGGUUUUAAUGCUAAAGUUAAAACACAACUUUUUGCAAAAGAAACAGAAGAUGUAAUUAAGGAGAGUGGCUGGACAGAAUUUACUUACAAGGCACCUCCAGUAUAUAUUCAGAAUCUUUCAUGCAUCAUAUAUAACAGUUCUUUUUUCAAUUGCACCUGGCAUAUUAAAGCAGAGGCUCCUGAAGACAUCCAGAUCUUUUUUUCAUACAGACAUGUAGGAAAAGAUUUUGAAUGCCAGCAAUAUAUAAAAAAUGCAAGGAAGAAAAAUAUUGGUUGCCAUAUGAAAAAAAUAUCUUUCCAACAAUCAAAAAAAAUCAAUUUAAACAUAACUGUAAGAGAUCUGCAAAAUAAUUCUAGAAGACUGUCUUAUUACAAAGCUUUUACACCUGAGACAAUAGAGAAACUGAACCCACCGAUCAUCAUCUCAGUUUCCCUUGAAAACAGAAGUAUUAAAAUUCACUGGAAAUCCCCGCCUACUAUUGGUUCUGAAAAAAGCAAGUGCUUUUUGUAUCAAGUGAAAAGAACAGAUUGUAAGAUUGUAGAUGUCACCGCAGAGAAGUAUGAGUAUCCGUUUCAUAAGCCAGCGAACAAAUGUGCAGCACAAGUGAGGGUAAAGAAAGAGACAUGCAUAAGAAACAAGAUUUGGAGUGAAUGGAGUGAACCAGUGUUUAUUCAAGAUGAAAAGACAGUGGAUGUCAUGCUGCUAAGCCUCACGUCAUUUUGUCUCCUGAUUUUCCUUGGAGGUUUGCUGCUAUGUGCAUGUAGAAGGUAUAGAUGCCUGGAAGUUAUAACUAUGCCUGUUCCACAUCCUUCAGAUAAUAUCAAAACUUGGUUAGAUGCAGAUGAGACUCACCACCAGGUAGUGUGUGUCUGUCUUUUUUCUCUCACUACAUUGACAGGUAUGAUAUUACUUGCGAUCAGAAUGGUACAUUACAUCUGGAGCAGCAGGUCAUUUUUAAGAAAAACUGGAAAAAAGGUAUGCGCAGUGUUUGUAGUGAAGCAUGAAGAGAACAGAAUGCUUGUGGAGGUCACAGGACAAUGAUCUCAGUGGACAGGAUGGAGAAAAUCCUCAGGGGAGUAUAAUAUCUAGCAUGCCUCAAAGUGUUUCAGCAUAUCCACACUCAAUGGGGCAACAUUUUGAGAAGCGAUCACCCUGACUCCCUGCAGAAUAGUCAGUUAUGGGAUAUUACAUGUAUAAGCAUGUGGGCAAGUUAUCAAAGGGAAAGUUUUUGUGGAGAUCUGCAAGUCAUUGUCUAUGUUGUAGUAAAUGUGCACAUUCUUAUAGCAAAUAAGAGGAGGCUCCACAAUGCAUGCAACAUAAGCUACGCCAACUGUGCACCUGCUGGGGGAUAAAACUGCAUACAGAGGUGUUUACUUUGGAAGAGCUGAUGUGCCGUAAGUUCAGAUGCUAGCUUAUCUUGUGGCAAAUUAUAAGUCUUCAGUCAACUGGGCAAAACAAAACAAAAAAUAUUUGCAAUAUUUGUCUGGCUAUCAUUAAUGGAGCUCCUUGGCUGGCAUAGUCAAUGCUUCUUAUUACUGUCUGUCAUUGUGUGAGUUAGAGGAAAAAAUGUGCUAGUCAGGCAGUGGUCUAGAUCUCUAUAACUCUGGUGAAGCUACACAGUGAACUGUGCUCCAGGAGGCAUGGUAAGAUUGCCUCUUACCUGGUUCUCCUGCAACACAUGAUGAGAAGGUGCAGGUGUGCCCAUACUAUGCUUUUGGGGGGGGGAAACGUCAUUGAGAUAGAAAACUGUAAUGAGGAUUUUCUUGUCCUGUGUACUCAAAACAUUUGUUCAGAGCCUCUGCAGGAUUUCUAUUAAUUUUUCCCUACCAUCCUUUAUUACUGUGCUUACAUUGCAAUAUCGAAAUGUCUUCUAGUAGUGCAUUCAGCAAUGUAACUAACAAUUGCCAAUGUGAGUGGUUAUGCCAUCUUCUCUCCCA